AUGGAUCAAAACGCUGAUUUCGAAUUUGGUAAGCUCACCGACAGCUACUUUCAUCAUUCAUCUCCAACUCCAUUUCAAUAUAAAACUGUCGCGAAAAGUUUUGAUCAAGUUGCCAUUCAAAAUCCUAAUCAUGUAUGCUAUAUCUUUAAAACUGAAGAGAAACGUUAUACAUAUGCAAUGCUUCAACGAGAAAUUGAUUGUAUGGCAUACGCGUUGAUCAAGUUAGGUUUUAAGAAGAGCGAUCGUAUUGGUAUUUUCUUACCAAAUUGCCCCGAAAAUAUUGUAUUCACAUAUGUUGCAUCAAAAAUUGGACUCAUUCGAGUUUACAUAUAUCAAUUUGCUGUGUGUCGAGACCUUGUUCAUGCUCUAAAAGUGAUUGGAUGUAAAGGUCUUAUACUACCAUCGGAUGAUACUGCAUUAAAUACAUUACGAGAGGCAAUGUCUGAUCUCAAUUAUCAAUCACAGUUGAAGAACGAAACUAUACUCGAACAUGUUAUUCUUACUGGAUCAAAUUCAAAUACUAUAAAAAAUGCGCAUACAUACGAUGAUCUAAUCAAAGAAGGCGAUGUGAAUAAAACAGAACAACAAGUUUUACUCGAUGAACGCCAAUCGUCAAUUGAUUCUUGUUUACCACUUUGCAUCCUUUUAACAUCCGGUACGACGGGUGGACCGAAAGCAGCAGUUUUAACAAAUUUCAGUGUGAUAAAUAUUAUAGCCUCCAACUGGUACCAUUUUGGAUCAAUAUGCGAACGAAUUUGUGCACCAUCUUCCAUGUCCCAUGUGUCAAGUGGCGUUUGGACUUCAUUGAUACCGUCAUUUAGAAAAGGUACUGUUAUUGUACCAGCCCCGAUAACCGAUCCAGAAGCGACCAUGCGAGCAAUUCAUGAAGAAAAUUGUACUUUCUUUCUAAGCAAUCCAACUUUACUUCGCAAUAUGCUUUCACAUCCUAAUCGAGAUAAAUAUAAUUUGUCAUCAUUACAGUAUAUAGCCAUAGGUUCUACACCCAUACAACCACAAUUUCUCCGUGAACUAGAGUCCAAAUUCAGUUUUAGUCGAGUCGGUCAACUUUAUGGGAUGACAGAGACAGGACCACUUACAGACAGUUUUCAUUGCGAAGACGAUCGACGACAUACAUCAAUUGGUCGAUGUAUGCCACAUGUUGAAAUCAAAAUACAGAAUAAUAAUGGUCGAGUUGCACCAAUAAAAACUGAAGGCGAAAUAUAUGCUCGAAGCCGUUUUAUGAUGCGUCACUAUUACGAAGACAAAGAAAAAACAACUGAAACGUUUGUUGAAGAUGGAUGGCUACAAACAGGUGAUAUAGGAAUGAUGGAUGAAGACGGAUUUGUAUUUUUUAUUGGUCGGAAAAAAGAAGUGAUUAUUCGAGGUGGCGGUAAUAUCUGGCCAGUUCAAAUUGAAAAAACUAUCGAAGAGCAUCAAAGCAUUUCCGAAGCGUACGUUUUUUCGAUUCCUGAUCUUAUCGAAGAUGAAAUUUUAUGUGCAACUGUUAAACUUCAUCCAGACAUGCAAUGUUCAGCUAAUGAGCUUUAUGCUUUCCUUGCUGAUAAAUUGCCUUCGUACAAAAUACCUGCACACAUACGUUUUAUUGAAGAAUUCAGUCGAACAGCAAUCGGAAAAGUAUCGAAAGCCAAACUCGUCGAAGAAAUGAUCGAGAUAUUGCGCAAAUAA